GUUUACUGUAAUUACAAAACGUUUUCAAAUAGUAAUAAACCGUAAUCACAUUAAUGACUUUGAAUGCCAUACUAUCUAUAGCUUAUUUUAUUGAAAAUGGUUUAAAAAUGUAUUUAUUUUAUUUUUUAAACAGUUUACACUUGUUCCUUACCGGUGAUAGUGAUAUAUUUUUUUCUUGUUGAGCUGCAGUAUACAGACGCGAUUAAUAUGAAAGAAUGCUGUUCAACUGAAUAAAGUUUUAACUGCGACCAAUACUCAGUUUAGACUGAGGCCUAUGCUAACGCAACAAACUGCAUCCGGGGGCUUGAUUUGAGAAAGUAAUCCAGAGGAAGACUGGUUGUUCUGGGAUUGGGAGACGCCCGUAGCACAAGCAGUGGUUUAGUCAGAGGGUGACAGUUUAGCUACUUGGACGAUAUGGCCCCGGAGUUAGAUUGAGCCUCUCCACUUCAAAAUUUAAACCGAACACAUCUGAAUUUUGAGAAAAGCAACUGAUGUCCUGGGAGACAGACCGUCCGAGACCUAACCGAACACAAGCCAGGACUGAACACAUUAACACAGUGGUAAUACAAGAAAGCAGUACUGGGGGCACUGUCGCUGUCACUGUCAGUCGUCUUUUCUUGUGCUUAAUAUUAUAAAUAUGUCAAUAUAGUGACAAAAUACCAGUCAAGAAGCCCGGGUCGCGCUGGUGUCGGACAGAUUAAAAAAAAAAAAAAAGAACCAUCACAAACCAGCUCCGCCGACGAGAGCAACGAGACGGGAUUUGGUACCAGAAUCACUGCACCGACACAACUAAAUGGACUAAUAAUAUGGCCCACAAACAAAGCCUCUUUUUUUAAAGAGGUUAUUGCGUACACAAAAACACAAUUGAUACAGUUGUAAUGCUGACUAUUAAUUGUGUUUUUCUGAACUACAGUGAAGCAAACUUGUUGAGUAUGGAUGACAGCAGUGGGAUGGACAACCCACAAGGGAAGAAGUAAGCAAAGUGAUGGCUGGAGCUUCUGGAUAAUUCGUCUUUUCUUUCCAGUGCCAGCAGCCUUCUUACCUGAAAUCUUUUUGCAAUUCUGAGUCUCUGAAGACAUAUGAAAGAAGAGCCACUAAGCAUUUAAGAUCUCUCAAAGGAAAUGCCCUUGGUCUAAACAUGCUAGGACCUGGCAAGAAACUUGGUGAAAAUCCCCAGGCUGUAAGAUCACCAGCAGUUAGUAGCAGAACCAAGUACAUCCUUGUAACUCCUCCACCAACUGGCACUGUUGUGCAGGGACGUCGCUUCCAGCAUGCUAAUGCACAAGCUGUCAUAAAAACCCCAGCCCAAAGCAGUCUUGAUCUGAAGGAAAGAAAAGAAUACCCCCCUCAUGUCCAAAGAGUAGAAUUUGACAGCAUCAUUCUGACUUGUCCAGAGAGUACAGAAAAUAGUAACCAGGGAUCGGACAGAGAAAUUAAAAGGCGGAUUCAGCAAAAGCGACGACCUUCUUCAGAGGUAAUGGAUUGUUUUUCAACAACAAGUGUUUCUAAAAAGGUGGAGGAAUUAGACCCUGAUGUCUACUUAACACUCUGUGGAAAUUGUAGCAAGCCAAGUGAAGAUCAUGUGAACUGUGAAAACUGCGGGCAGUCUCUCUUGCAGAAUGCAACAAGUUGCAUAAAUAAUACUAUCAAAGUAACUGAAACUGCAGGACAUCUCUCUCGACCGCCAAUUCAUGCACUUUCUGCAGGACCAAAACAUUUAACCAAAGGUAUUCCUAGCAGGAGUUUUUAUAAUGCAAAUAUGACCGUGAAUUCACUGAUGAUGGAUGUAGUGAUGACUCCUCCAGCACACACUACCAGAAGCAACCUUGUAUAUCACAACGGGAGAGCUGAACUGGCUGGAGGAACAAGUCCUGCUUCAUCAAAGAUGUCAAGAAGCAGAAAGCAGCCUGUAUCCAAACUGCAUGAACUGAACGAUCCAAUUGUGUUGUCCAGUGAUGAGGACGAGGAAACAGACAAUGCCAGCACAGGCAGUGUGAGCAGGAUGGACAGUGUGUCUCCUCGCCCCGCAGACUCUGCACACUCCUCUCCAGCACCCUCUGGUGGAAGAGUUGAGGCAGCUGUGAAGGACAACACCGAGCAAGCAGAAGAGGCAAGCAGUGACAUCUUUACAGAGAUCGACCUCCGAAUACCAAUACCAAGAAAAGCACGAAUGAAGGACCAGUUUGGUAACAAUGUCCCUGACAACAUCAUGAGCAAACGUCGAAAAGUUGUUCAGAUACACCCUGGUGGCCUGCAUACCAAAUUGGAAAGCAUAAUUUUGGAUUGUCGAAGCAUACGGAUAGGAUCUCUGCGCAGAAUGGUGACUAAACCAGUCAUUUUUACCCUAGAGUACAUCCAAAUUGAUACUGACGCUCCAGCAGAGGAUGGUGUGCAGCAGGUUAUGCUGAGAACAUCAGAACUCAUCCACUGUGAAUGGUGCUCAGCCAAAAAGUUGCCAGUCCUCUUUUUCCAAACCACACCAGGAGCCUGUUUGAGUCUACAGACACAUUUGAAAAUGUCCAGGGAGAACGGAGGGGUGUGGUAUGAUUGCAAAGGAGCUAGUCCUGAUGAACAAUACAUUGUCUUGAUUUUUGAGAAUGGGUUAUCUGCACAGGAGCACGCUAUAUUGGAAGAAAUACUUCAAGCAGUUGGCACGGCUAAUGAAAUAAGUGACUUUUUGGUGAAAUUAAAAUUUGAAGAAGCAAACAGAAGGCUAGUGCGAUUUACUAAAAGCUAUGUGGAAAAUUCUGAAAAGGACAAGCAGGCUCCUGACUCGAGCGUGCAGCCACGCACCAUUGCAACACGUCUUCAAACUUCAGCACACCAAUUCUUUGAGGAUGAUGAAGAAAUGGCAGAUAUGAACACUGUCUUUACAGGCCCUGUUCAAAAAUUAAUAGUGUAUCCGCCAGCCCCUGCCAAAGGCGGUAUUUCUGUCACAAACGAGGAUCUCCACUGUUUAAAUGAAGGAGAAUUUUUAAAUGAUGUCAUCAUUGAUUUUUAUUUAAAAUAUCUGGUCCUUGAGAAGUUAAAGAAAGAAGAUGCCCAGAGGAGUCAUGUGUUCAGCUCGUUCUUCUACAAGAGGCUCAAUCAGAGAGAGAGAAGAAACGUUCAGGACACGGCUAACCUCACAAUACAGCAGAGAAAACACAAGAGAGUGAAAACCUGGACUCGCCAUGUGGACCUUUUUCAAAAGGAUUUCAUUGUCGUCCCUAUAAAUGAAUCAGCCCAUUGGUUUUUGGCUGUCAUUUGUUAUCCUGGUUUAAGUAGCCCUCAGCAUGAACCAAAUCCUUUGUACAAGUGUCCACCGAUAAUGAUGAACAGAUCCACAACAGAAGAGAGCAAUGUUUCAUCUCCAGAUGAACCGGAUAAUACAGCAGGAAGACUUCAUUCCACGCAGGUGUUUAACCCUCCAAAGACACCCAGUAAAGCUGCUGUCCUAGCUGCUAUAGACACAAGUGCAGACAGUGACUCUAAUAGAGGUAUUUUCAAAGAGGGAAACUGCAGUGGCAAUAUGUCGGAGGAAGACAGGACUGUGACCGACGAACCAGAAAUGGCAGAGAACAGCACUAAAGGAGUAAACGGGGCACUGGCUGAAAAAACAAAAACUUGCCUACAUUAUAAAGAUGGCUUACAAAGAAUCAAGGUUAGUUACACUCCUGCAAUGAACAGAGAUGAUGACACGUUCACUUUUUCUGAUGAUCAAGACUCCAGCCAGGAGGAAGGUAGUGACGAUGGUGCUUUUGCUGAUGACCCAAUGACUUCUGCAGAAAGUAGACACUGGCAUCUGAGACCCACCAUUUGUAAGCAACCUUGUAUUCUGAUUAUGGAUUCGUUAAGAGGCCCUACCAGAUCAAAUGUGGUGAAGACAUUACGAGAGUAUUUGGAAGUUGAAUGGGAAGCACGAAAGGGAAGUAAAAGAAGUUUUCCUAAAGAGUUAAUGAGGGGUUCCAGUCCUCGAGUCCCACAGCAAGACAACUUCAGUGACUGUGGUGUUUAUAUCCUGCAGUAUGUGGAGAGUUUCUUUGAGAAUUCAAUCCCGAGUUUUGAUCUACCGAUGAACCUGACUGAUUGGUUUCCUGAGCACCGAAUGAAGAAAAAACGAGAAGAGAUCAAAGAGCUAAUUCUGAAACUACAUGAACAGCAGCAAACAGACAGGAUGGGGCAGACAGAUCCUGGAACAGAAGCAUUAUCAGAACUAGUUCCAGAGAACACCAGUGCUAGCUGCUCUGACUGAAACCUGCUUGUACACGUGCUGGUGCUGCCCAAGCAUGUGGAACUCUUCUCAUCUUUAAUCACAGCAGCAGAGUCCUCCUGGAAGCUGCAUGGGAGUACAUGUUCUAGUGCUGCCCAAGCGUGUGGAACUCUUCUCAUCUUUAAUCACAGCAGCAGAGUCCUCCUGGAAGCUGCAUGGGAGCACCCUUGACUGUACGCUGCUGGAUUAUAAUUAUUAUUUUUUUUAAUAGUUUUGUCAAAUUCCCUCCAAAAACUUAUGAAAUGUUGUUAAAUAAAGUAUGUACAUAUGUUUGUUUCCAGUCGUGCAGCAUUUGUAAUUCGUUUUUCACUUGUUAGAUUCAAUUUAGUUAAGUAUUUUCUGUUCUAAUAGCAGUGAAAUGGUAAAGUACUUCAAUGAUCAAAUAAAAAGGUUUAUGGACCAUA